AUGGCUCAGGCCCAGCAACAGUUGAGCCACAAAGAUGGCGCCUUGUUCAGACAGGUGGUGCGGCAUUUUGAAAAUAAGCAGUACAAGAAAGGUCUCAAGGCCGCAGAACAAAUCCUCCGAAAGAACCCAAACCAUGCCGAUACCCAAGCCAUGAAGGCCCUCAUACUUGGGUCACAGGGCCAUACCGACGAGGCCUUUGCCUUGGCCAAGAUUGCGCUGAACAACAACAUGAAGUCUCACGUUUGCUGGCACGUCUAUGGGCUCCUCUACCGCAGUGAGAAGAAUUAUGAAGAAGCCAUCAAAGCCUACAAAUUCGCAUUGAGGUUAGAGCCUGAUUCGGCCCCGAUCCAGCGGGACCUGGCGCAUCUUCAAAUACAAAUGCGAGACUAUGAAGGGUACAUCCAGAGCCGGAACAAUAUGCUGCAACAGAGACCAGCCAUCAGGCAAAAUUGGACCGCUCUGGCCAUCGCGCACCAUCUCGCUGGGGACUACGAGGAGGCCGAGAAUGUGCUUACCAGCUACGAGGAGACUUUGAAAACGAAGCCCAGCAGGUCGGAUCUCGAGCACUGGGAAGCUGUCCUCUACAAGAACUACAUCAUAGCAGAGUCAGGCGACCUUCAGAAGGCAUUAGAUCAUCUCGAGGCCGUGGGCAAGAAGAGUCCAGAUGUUCAGGCCGUCCUGGAAAUGAGGGCAGACUAUCUGGCUCGAUUGGGUCGAAAUUCGGAGGCUGAGGCAGCUUACGCCGCACUCCUGGAGCGCAACCCUGAUGAUUCGGCUUACUACGAUGGCUAUAUUGCGGCAAAAGGACUGAAUGAUGGCCCAGUAUCAGACAUUCAGAAGGCACACCAAGAACUGGCGGAGAAAUUCCCAAAAGCAGACCUUCCUAGGCGGAGACGUUUGGAUGUUCUGGCAGGUGAUGAAUUCAAACAAACUGCAGACGCAUAUCUGCAAAUGAUGCUCCGGAGAGGCAUCCCUUCUACAUUUGCCAACAUCAAGCAACUGUAUACCAACGAGUCAAAGCGCGACAUUGUCCAGGAACUGGCUGAGGGAUACGCGGCGGGAAAGUUGGGUUCGCAAACCAAUGGCGCCUCUGAAAAUGGCGAGAGUAAAGAAGAAUCACGGUUCAGAUCGUCCGUCUUCUAUUUCCUUGCACAGCACUACAACUACAAGCUUAGUCGGAAUCUUGACAAAGCUCUGGAAUAUGCCGACAAGUGUAUAGAACUGGAGCCCAAGUCGGUCGACUACCAUGCCGUCAAGGCAAGGACGUAUAAGCACAAGGGUGACCUGGCCAAGGCCGCCGAGGUCAUGGACCAAGCUCGAUCGUUGGAUGAGAAGGAUCGGGCCAUCAACACAAAGUGCGCCAAGUACCAACUGCGGGCGGAUCAAAACGACAAGGCGCUCGAGACCGCCGGCAAGUUCACCCAGAACAAGACUGGGGGUCCGCUCAGUGAUCUCAUCGACAUGCAAUGCGUCUGGUACCUGACAGAAGACGGACAAUCAUACCUUCGACAAAGGAAGCUUGGUCUCGCCCUCAAACGCUUCCAUCAAAUCCUGACCAUUUUUGACACCUGGCAGGAGGAUCAGUUUGACUUCCAUAACUUCUCACUGCGAAAAGGGAUGAUCCGAGCAUACGUGGAUAUGCUGAGGUGGGAGGACCGGCUCCGCGAACACCCCUUCUUCUCGAACAUGGCCAUCUCCGCGGUCCAAGCUUAUAUUCUUCUUGCCGACAACCCGGACCUGGUGCACGGCCCUAUCAUGGACAACGUCAACGGUACAGGCAAAGCCGGCGAGAUGAGCGCGGCGGAUCGAAAGAAGGCGCUUAAGAAGGCCAAACGGGAGCAGGAGAAGAUGGAAAAGGCCGAGGCGGAGAAGAAGGCUGCCCUGAAGGCCGCCAAACCCACACCGAAGAGCGAAGAUCCCGAUACCAAAAAAGAAGACCCCGACCCGUUCGGCAAGGCUCUCGUCGAGACCAAAGACCCGCUCAAGGACGCCAUGAAGUUCCUCGGCCCCUUGCUGGAGUUCUCUCCUGAUCAGGCCGAAGGCCAGUGUGUGGGCUUCGAGCUGUACAUGCGCCGCAAGAAGUACCUGCUCGCCACAAAGUGUCUGUUGGCGAUCAACGCCAUGGACUCCAAGCAUGAACAGCUGUCCGAGUACAAGAAGCAGCUGAAACAAGUGCUGGCAGACAAGCCAGCCGAACUGUCCGACAAAGUCGCAGACAUCAUCAAGAGCGAGGCAGGCGCUUUGAUCCAGUAG